AUGUGACGUCAUAGUGUGACGUAACGUAGCUUGCGUUGUACAAACUUCCGAUUUAAAACGUGAUAAACAGUAAUAAUUCCGGUAUAAUCGAAGUUUAUUCUUGAAUGAAUAAGACCGCAAAGAUUGAAGAUACCGAGCAAGUUUGAAGCCGUUCAAUGUGAUAAAGGUUUAUCGCAACCGCUCCUUCAGUUUAACAAAAUGUUAUUUUCAGAAUGCGCAUAAAACGCGAUAAGAUUUUUCGCUGAAUCUAAUUUCUUGGUACAACGCAAAAAAAUGCUACUUUAAGGCAAAGACAAUACUAUUAUUGUUAGUUGACUAUAUAGAGGAAGUUAUUGAAGUCGCGUUUAACGACCGUGGCCUUUGUCCGAGGUGUAAAUUUUUUUCUACCAGGGACGGUAACAUUAUCAUCCCAACUUAAUCAACGUUUAGUCCUAUGUCGAACGUUCACGCAACUCGUGCUUAUAUGAAACAUUUCGCGAUAGAAAUAACGUAGAAUGUAAUGUGGAAUUGUUUGAGUAAAAGAACUUUUUCGUACGCAACGCAAGAAAGUGCUGAAUAUUUAUGUCUGUUGAAUUUGGGUGGUACAUCAUCAGUACUUAACGAUCACAGAAUCGUGAAUAUUAAUCCUACGAACGAUCCAUUAGAUACACAUUUUACCAGCAAUCGUGUCAUAUCGCAUAAGUACACAAUAUGGAACUUCAUUCCAAAGAAUUUCUUCGAACAGUUCCGACGAGUAGCGAAUUGUUAUUUCCUGCUAACGACAAUAAUCGCAAUUUCAAUAGAGUCACCCAUUUCGCCCGUAACCAGCGCACUGCCUUUAUCAUUCGUUAUUCUUGUGACCGCUUGUAAACAGGGAUACGAAGAUUAUUUGCGUUACAAGACAGAUCAACGCGAUAACCGGAGACCUGUUAAUGUAAUCCGCAACAAAUGUACGCAGGAUAUAUAUUGCGAACAAAUAGUGGUAGGUGAUUUUGUAAAAGUCUCUCGGGAUGAGGACGUGCCAUGUGAUCUCGUUCUACUUUAUAGCGAGACUCCAGGAUGUUGUUAUGUCACGACAUCCAAUCUCGACGGAGAAACAAAUCUAAAGUCGUUACAAGUUCCGAAAGUGGUCUCGAAAAUGCCGCUUUCGCAUAUAGUAGGUAUGGAAGCGACGAUUACGUGUCAACAUCCUAUGGCAAAUCUUUAUACCUUCUAUGGCAAACUUGAGAUUAACAAUGGCAGGGAAGUAUUGAAUGGGCAUCUAACGAUAGAUAAUCUUUUGCUGCGUGGAUCGAGGCUAAAAGACACCGAAUAUGUGGUCGGUUGUGCAGUUUAUACUGGACAGGACACAAAAUUGUCACUCAAUUCAAAGAUAGUCAGCAAUAAAUUCUCAAUCGCUGAGAAAUCUAUUAAUAAAUACCUUAUUAUAUAUGUCGGGAUACUGUUGAUUGAAGUAUUAGCAUCUACUCUGCUGAAGUUGUACGUUGAAUCCUAUGAAAAAUGGGACAGCUAUCUGGGCCCAUUACCUGCAAUUAAGUUUUCAACGUUGAUUACGGAUAUUAUGAGCUUUCUUAUCUUAUUCAAUUACAUCGUCCCGAUAUCAUUAUAUGUCACUGUCGAAUUACAAAAGUUCCUCGGCUCCUUUUUUUUCGGCUGGGACUUGGACAUGUACGAUGCGGACAGCGAUCAGCCUGCGCUCGCCAACUCGUCAGACUUGAACGAGGAGCUUGGUCAGGUUGAAUAUUUAUUUACCGAUAAGACCGGCACGCUCACUGAAAAUUUGAUGGUGUUCAGACGCUGCUCGAUCAAUGGCAACGUGUACAUGGAAAAAGAUUGCGACGGAAAUCUUUAUCUAUUGCCGUCAAGCGGAAACGAAGAGGAGGCUGUCAAGCUAACGUCAUGGGAGGAGAAUAUUUGGCAUUUCAUGAUAAGUAUAUCGCUGUGCCACGUGGUCCAAAUCGCACCGCCGAGUCAACGUCCCGAAAUCGUAGCUAAACGCACUUUGUUCCGCGAAAGCUUCAGAUUAAAAAAAAUCACGAGGGUCAACAGUACGUUGAUGAUGCAUCCGGAUUUACCUCAAUAUCAGGCAGCAUCGGCAGACGAGAAGGCACUGGUGGAGGCAAGUGCCAGAUGCGGUGUUAUUUUUCAGAAGGAUACUAAUGAGGAAAUGCACAUCCAAAUCAACAAAAACGCAUUAGUUUUUCAGAAAUUGGAGAUACUAGAAUUCACUUCUGAACGAAAAAGAAUGUCGGUCAUAGUGAAAGAUUCUGCAAACGAUAUUUGGCUAUAUUGUAAGGGUGCGGAUUCGGCUGUUCUACCAUUAAUUGUUGAAGGAAAGAUGCAAGAAGCUUCCCUUCAUGUUUCCGAUUUCUCCAUGAGAGGUUUGCGAACAUUAGUUAUAGCGUACAAGAAGAUGGACACAUCUGAGUAUAAUAGGUUAUCGCAAAAUAUCGAGCAAGCUAGACAGAUAAUCGGCACGGAGAGAGCAGCGCACAUGACAUGUGCAUAUAAUCUUAUGGAGAACGGACUCAUUUUACUCGGAGUAACCGCAGUAGAAGAUCGUCUACAAGACAAUGUGCAAGAGACUUUGGAAUGCUUACGAGUCGCGGGAAUCAAAAUAUGGGUGCUCACGGGAGAUAAAGCAGAAACUGCGGAGAACAUUGCUUUUCUCUGUGGCCAUUUUAAAAAGGGUACCGAAGUUUUAAGACUGAUGGAGGAAACCUCAGGGCAAUCCUGUUUACUGAUUCUUACUAAUUUCGACCGCAAAAUAAAAUUGGAACCACAUAAGCAGUACGGUUUGAUAAUAGAUGGUACGAGCAUGGCAGCGAUUUUACGAAAUUGUCCCGGAUUAUUUAAAUCUGUCGGAAUGGCCUGUGAAGCAGUCGUCUGUUGCAGAUUGACGCCGUUGCAAAAAAGCGAGAUUGUGCAUUUGAUAAAAACUGCACGUAGUCGUCCGCACACCGCGGCUAUCGGCGAUGGCGGAAACGACGUUUCGAUGAUACAGGAAGCUCAUGUGGGAAUCGGAAUAUUGGGAAAAGAAGGUCGCCAAGCGUCGAUAUCGGCCGACUUUGCUUUCACAAAGUUUAUGUAUCUGAAAAAAGCAUUGUUAGUGCAUGGUCACUGGUACUAUCUGCGCAUCACCAUCCUGAUGCAGUAUUUCUUCUACAAAAACCUAGUAUUCAUAACGCCGCAGGUGCUAUUCGGCAUUCACAGUGGUUUCUCCACACAGGAACUUUAUGAUGGUGUAUUUCUAAUGUGCUUUAACUUGUUAUUCACGUCGCUACCAAUAUUGCUAUACGGAUUAUUGGAACAGGAUCACAAUGCGAAAAAACUUAUGCGACAUCCGUACUUGUAUAAACUUAAUAAAAACAAUUACUUAAUGUCAAGAAAACAAUUCAUGGUAUGGAUGCUUUUAGGAUUAUGGCAUACAGGGAUAACAUAUUUUAUGAUAUAUUGUAUCUCAUACAUCAAUCCAACGUAUUUGUACGAUAAUACACCGGUUGACCACUGGGCUUACAGUACAUGCAUUUUUCAUAUAGUAACUUUACUAGCGAAUUUACAGAUUUUGUUGCGUAGCUCAUAUUGGACAUUCCCAUUAGUUCUAAGCGUAUUACUUUCCGAAUUAGUAUUUUUUCUAAGCGCAUUUUGCUAUUCGGUUAUAAAUGUGAAAUACGAUGGUGACAUGUUUGGGGUCUUUGAGAGAUUAUUAAUGUCGCCCUCGUUCUGGUUAAUUACCAUUAUCAUCGUUGUUGUUUGCUUAAUACCUGAUUUUUUAUUACUUACAAAUGAGACUUGCAGACCAAUGAAAAUUUUGCGGAGAAUUGAAGAACCUAUACAAAUUUUCAAUUGUACUGACGACGACAGCGAACGUAGAUCAUCGCAAAUGGGACACCGCAUGUUUCCAUGGAGAGGUAGCCUAUCGUUGCACAAAGCGGAAUAAUAUGCUGAAAAGACUGCCGCUUUGAGCGGUUCAAUAUUGUUCACGCAAACAAAGAAGUCUAAUAAUAUUUCUAACACCUUAUUUACGAUUCCUUUCAUAUCAACGAUAUAAUUUAAAGUUGCUGAUAUGACUGAUUAUAUUACAAUUAUUAAAGAAACUUAGACAUUUACUGACAAAAUCAGAGUCCGACAUAAAUUACAAGAUUAAUAUUAUGCCGCUAUUAUAAUAGAAUCAUUUUUUUUCAUUUCUAUAAUUUUUAAAGCCUGAAAAUUUAUAUACA